AUGGAAAGUUUCGAUACUUUACAUGAAACUGAGACAGAUAUGAAUUUAGAGGUUAACGUUUUAAGUGAUAAUGAUGGUGGUAAUGGUGAUGAAGGUAAUAAUGAUGAUAAUAAUGAAGAAUUAGUUAAUGAAUACAAAGCUGAAGGAGAUGAAGUUUAUGAUGAUAAUGAAAAUGAUGAUUACGAAGAUGAAUAUGAUAAUGACAAUGAGGAUGAAGACAACGAAGAUGAUGAUGAAAAUAAUUUCAAUGAAGAUGAAGAUGAAUUCGAUGGGGAUUUAGAUGUCAGUAGUGCUGUAAAUAUUACUCACCCUGAUUCUGAAGACUUAUCUGAAAAAUUAUUAAGACUUCCAGUGAACAGAAUUAAAAAAUUAAUGAAAAUAGAUCCAGAUGUAAGUUUAGCUAGCAAAGAAGCUGUCUUCCUCAUAACUAAAGCAACGGAAUUAUUAAUAAAUUCUUUAGCCAAAGAAGCUUACACUUAUACAGUAGAAGAAAAUAAAAAAACAGUUAUGAGAAAGCAUUUAGAUGCUGCCAUUAGCAAUAUAGAUGCUUUGGCAUUUUUAGAGGGUACUUUAGACUGA